UAGUUCAUGUGAAACUAGAGAAAGAAAAAAGAAGGCAUAAAUAUAUAGUUAGUGGGGAAGAAUGGUGAAAGAAGCAGUUGAAAAAGAAACUCUACGAUGCUGCAUCAAAAGGGGAUGUAGCAACACUUGAACAACUGCUUCAAGAAAAUCCAUAUCUUGUUCAUGAAUCCCCAUUUUCAUGUUCGAGAAAUCUGCUACACAUAGCAGCAAUGCACGGACAAGAAGCCAUCGUUGAAGAGGUGUUGAAGAUGAAUCCGCGGCUAGCUCGGAUUCCAGACUCCCAGAAAUCAUCGCCUCUCCACAUUGCAGCAGCAGAAGGGCACGUCAAGAUCGCCUCAAAGCUUCUAUCAGUAAGCUCCGGAGAUGUGCUGGUGGCGCAACGAUCAAGGCAUGAACCCGGUUCAUGUUGCCGCCAUGAACGGGCAUGUCGAGAUAUUAGAGCACCCUCCUUCGAGAGAGUUGUUUGCCUGCUAUGGAGAGGCUGCAUCGCGGGCAGACUGUGCUGCAUCUGUGCGUGAAACAUAGCAGCUUAAGGCGUUGAAGGUUUUGGUGGAGAAGUUGGGAGAGCUUGUGUGUGCAAAGGAUGAUGAUGGCGAGACACUCUUGCAUUUGGCUGUGAGGAGCAAUCAGCUUCAGGGACAAGUAAGCAUUGUGGAAGAGUUGUUGAAGAUGAAUCUGCGGCUAGCUCGGAUCUCAGACUCCCAAAAACUGUCGCCUCUUCACAUCGCAGUAGAAGAAGGGAAGCUCGAGAUCGCCAAGAGAUUGUUACCAGUAGCCCCAGAGACGUGCUGGUGGCGAGACGGCCAUGAUAUGAACCCUGUUCAUGUUGCGGCCAUGGAUGGGAAUGUCGAGAUCUUGGAGGAACUGCUUCGACUCGAUUUGUAUCCUGCGAUGGAGAGAGUGCGUCGCGGGCAAACUGUGCUGCAUCUGUGUGUGAAACAUCGUCAGCUUAGAGCAUUGGAGGUUUUAGUGCCGAAGUUGGGGGAACUUGUUUGUGCAAAGGAUGAUGAUGGCGAGACAAUACUGCAUUUGGCUGUGAGGUGCAAUCAACUUGAGAUGAUAAGAUACUUGGUGCAAAGAACUAAACUAGACAAGGAGAUGACGAAUUCGAUGGGCAAAACAGCGUUGGAUAUCUUGAAGGAGAGCCCUCAAGACCCAAGAACCUAUCCAGAAACAAAAAAGAUCUUGAAUAGUUUGUCAAAUCGUUCAAAAUUGCUGGGGAUCCUCCCAAAGAUGACCGACAUCACAAUGGUGGUGGCGGUCCUGAUCGCCACCAUGGCGUUUCAGUCCGUCCUCCAGCCCCCCGGCGGCGUGUGGCAGGACGACACACGAUCGCACAAAGCCGGCGAAGCUGUGAUGGCAUCUACGCAUCCCAAUAUGUAUAAGAUAUUCGUCGAUGCCAACACCACGGCUUUCGUUUCAUCUCUCAUCACAAUCAUGCUCGUCACCACCCCUGCCGCUGGAGCACAUCUUUUUUCUGGCGGUGGCCACGACGGCGAUGUGGUUGUCGCUGACGUCGCUCGCGGUGGGCUAUGGGGCUUCAUUGAUCAUGACCACUCCUAACGAAGAGCAAACGAUUGGGUAUAUUGUGGCGGCGGUGGUGUGUGUUUUCCUCAGCUUCAUUCUGUUGCUAGUUCUCUACGUUUCUGUCAAGGGCUUGCAAUCCUCGUGGAGGAGAAAAUCUCGUUAUGAAUAUAAACGUCUGCGACAUCUCAUUGGAGUGUAGUUGCAGAGGAAGGAGAGGUAUUAUAUUUGCUUGAAUAAUCGCGGGAAGCAUAUGCGCGAGAGAUGUUCGAUCAAAGGUCUCUGUGACUUUACGCCAAUAAAUUAUGAUUGUUUGUAGUCUUCAUAUUUUAGAUUAUAUUAGCACAUUUGCACCCGUAAAAUGUACGGGGAAUAUUGUUAUAUUUUUUUAUUUUGAAAUAUAAUCAAUACCCAUUUUUAUG